AUGAACGAGCACACAUCGACACCGAACUACGGCGACGAUCGCCGUGGACCAACUGAAAGGCAUCACAUGAAACGCUCCAUCGUCGGCGCAGCAGUCGCCGUCGUGGCAGUCGGGCUCGUCGGUUGCAGUAGCAGCGACAGCGAACCAGUCGCAGUCUCCGAACCAACGACUGCGCUCCCUGAUGACGCCAUCGACCAAGCCGGCGUUGCGUGCGUAGCCGCGCUAGGCCCAAAGGUCGGCGAGAAAACACCCCAACUCCGAAUCCACUCCACAACAACUGUCGACGACACAUUCGUGACAGUGGGACAGGUAUCGAAGUACGUCGGCGGCGAAGCACCGCACAACUACCAAUUCGAGUGCACCACGCGGUUCGAUGGCACGUUCACAGCCCAGGUCACUGAAUUCACAGAGCUCGCUCGAACAACCACAACAGCGCCCGACCCUGUCCGCGAAGUCCCAUUCACCAUCACUUCGCAAGACAGCAACUCAGUCGAUGUCACGGUCGACGCCAUCGACAAACCUGCAAUCCAGUACGUGUUCGAUCAGGUGCAGAGCAAGAUCGCCCGAGAUGAGGAUGGAGGCGGUUGGUUCGUCUCAUUCAACUGCUCUACAGGUGGCGGAGCUGGAUCCGACAAUCGCAUCGCGAACGGCAAGUUCGCACUGGACAAACUUGGGCGCGCUCAAACAGGUCUGGAUGUCGGCGAAGUCGAGCUUGUGAUUCUCCCAACCGCGCACUGCCCA